UCCUAUGCACCCCCCCCCCUCUCUCUCUGUCUCUCUCUCUCUCUCUGUGUUCCAGUGCAUAUAUUAAUUAGGAAAUUCCAGCCCUCAGACCAUGAGGCUGUGACAGCUUUGUUUCAAGAUGGAAUCCAGGAGCACAUCAUCCCGUCCUUCACUCACGCCAUUUCUCAGCCACUCCACAUCACUGUGACCCUGUGCUUUUUCACUGUGGGCUAUAUACUGGGUGGAGGAUCAGUUGUCCUGGCCCUGCUGGCUGGAGGUUUGUGGAUAGGUCUGCUGUACUACUGCUGCUAUGAGUUCUAUGCUGGUUAUGUCCGAUUAAAGCUUAACACAGACAUGCGGGACAUUGCAGGCUUCUACCUCAGCAGUCCAGAUAACUGCUUCUGGGUCGCUGAGGCUGAAAUCAACGGCCAACCUCAGAUCAUGGGUAUAGUGGCUGUGGAGGGCAAAGAACCUCCAGACAGUGGGCAAAAGUAUGGAGAACUUUUCCGGAUGAGUGUAUCGUCCGCAUCUCGCCGCACUGGCCUCGGCUGGCGACUCGGUCAAACGGUCAUAAACUUUUGUAAAGAGCGAGGGUUCUCGAAGAUUGUGCUUCACACUAGUUCUACACAUUCAGCAGCUGUGGCUCUCUACUAUAAGAUGGGCUUUAAACUUGUGCAAACUCCUGAGGAAGAUGAAGCUCCUUGGUGGGUCCUCUGGCUGGUCAGAGUUUCACUCCUGAGGAUGGAGAAAAUCCUACAGCCAUGUAAAGACAUGUAGAUGAUCUCUGAAAUGUAAGUCUUUUUAAUAUAGAAUUGGCUAGAAAACCUAGAAAACCUUUUAAUUAUUCAAAGGAUCCUUUUGAGUGUUCAUGGUUAUAUAUUGAACCCUUUUUUUGAUAAAAAAGAAAUCCUACUUGUUAAAGUCCUGCUUACUGUUAAACUAAUUAGGUUACCUUAAAUUCCUUGUAUGGUACAUUGGCAUUAAUUAAAACAGUCCUAUUCUAUUCUAUUCUAUUCUAUUCUAUUCUAUUCUAUUCUAUUCUAAAUACAUUAACUGUCAGCAAUUCAUUGUAUGGCCACCAGAGGUCUCACUCCCCGGAGUACUAGCCUUGUUCCCACCAAACCACAUGAGCCUAAUUUCUGUAAUCGGCCGCACCUUAAAUACUCCUCUCUUUCAGCCAAACAGCAUGAAGUACUGCCAGUUCCCUUGCGUCCGCAUACUGAGAGUUUUUGGAUGAACUACCUGUAUUGCGUUUCUGAAUCUCUGCCUGGACUUUUGGAUUUUUGCCUUUUGCCCCUGUGUUUUGGAUGUUUGGUUUUUGGAUGGACUUACUGUUUUUGGCCUGUUUUUUAUGCCUUUUGACCAUGAGAUUUGUAUUGCCCCUUUAACUAUUAAACCUGCACAUGGAUUCUU